AUGGCGAAACGAUUAAAACGCGAGAGCUACCUGCUCGCACAGAAGCAGCCGCGCGAGGACGGCUCGGCGCCAGAGCUGCCACAGAAGAAGUUUUAUCGACAGCGCGCACAUGCGAAUCCCUUUUCGGACCACAACCUGGUGUACCCCGCGAGCCCCGAGGCGAUGGACUGGCCGUCGCUCUAUCCCGACUUCUUCCCCUCUGGCAACGAAGACGCCGCUUCGACCACAGCGACAACGACGACGACGACGACCCCCCGCGUCGAGGUCGCCGACAUUGGCUGUGGCUUUGGCGGCCUGCUCAUCGGCCUCGCACCCGCCAUGCCCUCGACGCUUGUCCUGGGGCUCGAGAUCCGCGACCACGUCACCGAGUUUGUCCAGAACCGCAUCCACGCCCUGCGCGCACAGAACCGCGAGGCCUCUGGCGCAUCGGACGCCGACGGCCAGCGCAAGCCCACGUACGCCAACAUUGCCUGCGUGCGCGCCAACACGAUGAAGUUCCUGCCCAACUUCUUCGCCAAGGGCCAGCUGCGCAAGAUCUUCCUGUGCUUCCCCGACCCGCACUUCAAGGCCCGCAAGCACAAGGCGCGCAUCGUGUCGCCGACGCUGGCGACCGAAUAUGCGUACGUGCUGCGGCCGGGCGAGGGGCGCGUGUACACCAUCACCGACGUCGAGGACCUGCACAAGUGGAUGGUCGGCCAUUUUGCGGCGCAUCCGUCGUUUGAGCGGGUGCCACCAGAAGAGGAGGCCGCUGGUGAGGACGAAGACGAUACGGCAGAGGGGGGCGCGGGACGGGCGACGGGCGACCCGUGUGUGCGCAUUAUGCGGACGGCCACCGAGGAAGGGAAAAAGGUGUCGCGCAACGGUGGCCAAAAGUUUGUGGCCAUUUUCCGGCGAAUCUCCGAUCCGCCAUGGCCCGGCGAAAGCGGCGACGAGACAGAGAGUUCGUAG